CAAGCGGAAGGUUCACGUUUCAUUGCGGUCAUGACGCCCCGGGGUUGCCUUAGCUAGAAAUAUAAUUGCCUCAUGAUAGUAAAACAGCAUGUCGUUUACAUCUAACCUUAAAUUGCAGACGUCCACAGACCGUACCUCGUCACGUCUUAGCUGGAUAUAUUCGUCCGGAACAGAGUAGCUGUGUCACGUUACUCUACCGGGCCGCUCGGGAGCUAACUGACGUUAGCGGUGGACGAGCUCAGCCCAAGCGAUGACGCUUCGGAGAAUCCGCCGAUACCCUCGGACACUUCUGCUCGCCAUAUUUCUUCUAAUUUUGAGUGUGCAGUUGGUGAAAGCCGCAUCUGAAUAUGACCCCUACAAAAUCCUGGGUGUCAGCAGGAGUGCGAGUCAGGCGGAAGUGAAAAAGGCGUACAAGAGCCUCGCCAAGGAAUGGCAUCCAGACAAGAACAAGGACCCUAACGCCGAGGACAUGUUCAUCAAGGUGUCGAAAUCGUACGAGAUCCUGUCCAACGAGGAACGAAGGUCCAACUUUGACCGCUAUGGGCAGAUGGAUGAAAACCAGCAGUUUGCCCAGUCACAGCAUCAAGGUUUCCGCGGCUUCCACAACAGCUUUUAUUUUGAUGAGUCUUUCUUCCAUUUCCCCAGGUCAAGGGAUUUCGCAGACAGCAAGUACUUGCUUCACCACGGACAGUUUAACACCGAUGUCCUUCCAGACAGCCACAAGAGGCCAUACCUGAUCAAAGUGACCUCUGAGUGGUGCUUUGCGUGCAUCCACAUUGAGCCUGUGUGGAAGGAGACUGUGCUGGAGCUGGAGCCACUGGGUGUUGGUAUUGGCAUUGUGGACUUGGGUUACGAGCGUCGUCUGGCCCACCAGCUGGGAGCUCACCGCGCUCCCUCCAUCAUCGGGCUGGUCAAUGGCAGGGUCAACUUCUUCCAUCAGGCUGUGGUACGAGAGCACCUGCGACAGUUCAUUGAGGACCUGCUGCCCCAAAAACUGGUGGAAAAGAUCACCGAUGACAACUACCGUGUUUUUCUGGAUAGCUGGCGUGUGGAAAAUAAGCCCAGCGUUCUCUUGUUCGACCAAAUCCCUAUUGUUCCCCUACUCUAUAAAUUAACAGCGUUUGCCUUCAGAGACUACGUGCGUUUUGGCUUUGUGGACCAGGGUGACACGCACAACAUUCAGCUACUGCGGCAGUUCAACAUAAACACCUACGCCCCCACCAUGCUGCUGUUUAAGGAGGACUCCGAAAAGCCUGUGGACAUCAUACAGGCCAGAGGGAUGAAGCGACAGAUAAUGGAUGAGUUUGUCUCCAACAACAAGUUCCUGCAGGUGCCUCGGCUGGUCAACCAGCAGCUCUUUGAUGAUCUGUGUCCCGUCAAGCAGUUUCACCGACGGAGGAAGUACUGUGUGCUGUUGAUCACAGGGGAUGACCAAGCCUUUCACCCGGGCAAUAAGGCCUUCCUCGAAUUUGCAUCAGCCAACAAAAAAGACGUGCUGCGGUUCGCUUACGUCUACCAGCGCCAGCAGCAGCCUCUCUGUCAGGCGCUGCUCCACAAUCAGGCUGCCCUCUCGCCUCAGGUGGUGAUUCUGGAGAGGCGGAGCCAUGCUGGCAAGGUCAUGUACCGCUCAGUGAGUGGUGGCUGGAACGGCAGUGAGGAAGAUAAGUAUCACCUCCACGAACAGCUGGAGCUCCUUCAGAAAGACCCCACCUAUCUGAGAUCAGAUGCCACCCUGCCAGAGCUGAACAACGAGAUGGCCCCUAUUUUAAUUAUUCAGUGGAUGAACUCCGCCUAUGAUUACAUCGUUCAAAUAUAUGAUGACCUCCUCUACUCAAACUGGCGAGAGAUGAUGCCCAUUCUGUCGUUGAUCUUCUCCGCUCUCUUCAUUCUUUUUGGCACAGUCAUCAUUCAGGCCUUCAGUGAGCCAGGUGAGAGCAAACCCCGGAAACCGAAGCCAAAAGAACAACCACAACCUGAAGAGGAUGCAUCAAGUAGAGGCAGUACUUCAAGCCGGCCUCCUAAGAAGGACUUUGUGGAGGUGACUGAGCUGACCGACAUAACCUACAUCAGCAACCUGGUCAAGCUGAGGCCUGGCCACAUCAACGUCGUCCUGGUGCUCACCAACGCCUCCAAGAAUGCUCUGCUCAGGAAAUUUGCCAAAGAGGUCUUUUCUUUCUCUGGGACUCAGACUCUGCACUUCUCCUUCCUCAACGCUGAUAAGCACCGCCACUGGAUGCCAUCACUCCUUUGCUCAACCUCCGGCGCUAUGCGGAGAGAGGUCCAUUCGGACGAGGAUGAGGAGUCUGCAAACUACGCUGGCCACGUCCUGGCCCUCAAUGGCCACAAGAAAUACUUUUGCCUCUUUAGACCCGUCUUCACAGGCGACAAUCCCAACGACUCCUCGUCCGAGACCUUGUUCUCCUCUGACAGCAGGAGAAAGUCCCGGCCCCGGUCCAGGUCCAGCUCCCACUCUCGAUCCAGGUCCCAUUCCAGGGAGGAUGGAACGGGACCAAAGAGAGGCUCCAGCAGGGCCACCAGCAUAGAAGUCCACCACAAGCUUGACAGGCUGGGACUGUGGAUGGAGAGGCUAAUGGAGGGCACCCUACUCCGAUUACAGGUCCCUGCAUGGCCCUCCCUUAGUGAAGCCGCUAACUCCUUCGCAGAGAGCUGAAGUCAAAGUAACAAAAAAAGGUUGGAUGGUACUUUGAGGACGCGUAACCACAAAGUGUUACGCGUCCUCAUUACGUUCUUCAGCAAAAAAUCUACAGAACAACUUUGCAGUUUUUAAAACAUUCAAGUUUCUUUACGCAGAGGUAGUUUGUGUAUGCAGUGAACUGUUGACCCAAUUAUUUGAUCAGUUAGAUGUUGGAAUUUGAGGGUAUAGAGUAGUGUGCUUCCGCAAAACCUUUAAAAUGUGCAUAUUGUAUCAAAGGUACAAAGUCUGCGCUUCAUAAUGCUUUGUGUUCUUUGUCCAGAGAUGGAAAGAUGAAGAAGAAGAGACUAUAGGAGCACAGCAAAGGCUGUAGAAAAUUAAUUCACUGUCAGUUUUCACACAAAUAGAGAUCCUGUAGAAGGCGCUGUACUUAUUCCCCAAAACCAGACAACGAGCACCAUGGUGCAGACAAAGGCUGCAGCUAGCUGUGUGUGUUUCACAUUAGCUUUUUGUGUUCUUUUUCUUCCUUUUUUAAUACUCGUCUCAGUAAGAUGUGGCUUCGAGCCCAUUAUGAGUUUUUUAGCUGUAGUAAAACUGAGCUUGAUGAACUAAAGUUUAUAGGCCAAUAUUUGUCUCUUUAGGAGCAUUUAGUUAAACUGGAUUGUGGAUUUCUGCUCUUAUAGAUUCAACAUUUUUUUCCAGGCAAAAGGACAGAAAAAUUCAAUCAACUCACAUCACUCCAUAUACUUUACAUAUAAAAAGUAUCCUUUUAGAAUUUGGUUAAUUAUUGAAAUAGAAUCUUUCCUUAGGGUUUUCAGCUCAGGCCAAGUUGACAUGUCAUGCAGCUGUUUAGAGAUUUAGCAUUAAAUAUGGUACCAGCCAAAUUACUGAUGAAGCCAAUUAAGCCAAUUAUCAUCCGGCAGUGGUACCCUAAAUGUUUUUGUCAUACACUUGCAGUUUUAUUUGGGACUGGUUUCACUUUUUUUUUUUUUAAGUUCAUGUUGAUUGUCUGUAUCGAGGGUAAAAGAUAAACCUUAAUAUUACACACUUGCCCUUUUUUACGCCUUUGCCCUUAAACUACUGUAAAUAUAAAUGCAUGGAAUAUGUAGACCUAAAAUCACUAAAUAAAUGUUUGAGUUUGCACAGGCAGCUGAAAUGCUUCACACCGUCUCUCCCCUCCUCUUACUUUGUAGUGCAUAAUUUGCUGCUUGACAAACAAUAUUUGCAGCACACUAACCUGUAUUCUGUAUUUUUCAUCUUGUAUGCUCUUUGAACUUAUUUUUUGUUUAUAUCCCAUUGUGAGAAAUGUAAAUUAUUAAACUCAUUUUAAAACUG